AUGUCCACGAAAUUUCCCGAGAUUCAAGGUGGAGGCUCUUUGAUUCUUGCCUGGCAGAUCAAAAACAAGGAGGUCUUGGUAGUCGGUGGCGGCGAGGUCGCUGCCGGUCGCAUUGUCAAUCUCCUCAAUGCCGAUGCCAAGGUGACCGUUGUUUGCCCGCGAGAGGGUCUGAACGAAGAGGUGGCGUAUCGGGUGGAACAGGGCCAGGUCAAACACAUUGAUCGAAUCUUCCUGCCCCUGGACCUGGAACCAGAAAAGAAUGUCGCCAUGGUCUUGACUGCGAUCGAUGACCCCGAUGCAUCGAGCCGGAUAUGGAAGUACUGCAAGCAGAUGAAGGUGCCUGCAAACAUUGCCGAUGUGCCUUCCGAAUGCGACUUCUACUUUGGCAGUGUACAUCGAGACGGGCCACUCCAGAUUAUGGUGUCUACAAACGGCAAUGGUCCUAGGAUGGCUGCGGCGAUACGCCGACAGAUUGGUGAGAUGCUCCCCGAGGGAACGGGUGAUAGCAUCAAGAGAGUGGGCGAUCUCAGGCGACGGCUUAGGAAGGUGGCCCCAGGCAAAACCACGCGGGACAUCAGCAAGAGGAUGGCGUGGAUGAGUGCUGUAUGUGACAAAUGGAGCACCGAGGAUUUCAACGCAAUGGACGACGCAGACAUGGAGGCAUUGGUACAGUACUACGACUCGGGCAGGGUACCGAGUUUUGAGGACAUUCGACUUGGAGACCGUGGGGAUGUGGUGUGGGAGUUUGACGGGUCUUUUGGAUGGAUGUAA